AUGACAGGGCUGAUCUCCCGUAGUAGUGAUAGGUGUUUAAACGUACCGGACGGGUCAUCUCUCCGAGCUGCUAGUUGGCUAUCGGAGAUGCUAGCGGCGUGCGAAGACGGCGAAGUGUUCGAGUUGCUGGAAGCGCGCGACGCCGCCGAUGCCGCCAGCGCCCUGUACGGCGCCGUGCGCGAGCCGUGGCUCACGCGCGCCCUGCUGCUCUACCACGCGCGCACCGGCGCCGUGCGCGCUCUCGAGCUGCUGGCGCGGGCCCCCGAGCCCCACGCGCGCCACUUGCUCGACGCUCUGCUCGAGCAGAUGCGCGGCGAGCGCCCGGCGCGCCACCACGCGCUGGCCGCCAUCGCGCCGCUCGUGGCGCGCCGCCCCGGCUGGCUGCACCGGCUGCCGGCGCACCCGCUGGCGCCCGCCCUGCUGCGCGCCGCGCGCCUCGAGCGGGAGCCGCUGCCCCUGCUGCACGCGCUGCUGACGCUCGCCGCCCUGCUGCACGCAGCGCCCGCCCUGGCCGCCCCCCACUGGCCCGACCUGGCCGACGCGCUCCUGCGCCCCGCCGCCCUGGAGCCGCCGCCCGCGCCCGCCGCUCGUGCCCACCUCCAGCUCGCGCAGCUCGCCCUCUUCCACGCUCUCUACGCGACCCAUCCCUGUACGCUGCUGGAGACUCUGCGCGGCGAGUGCGCCUCCCAGCCGGCGCGCGAAUGCUGGGAGCGCGGCCUGGCGCCCCUGCUGCACUCGGUGCGACUGCACCCCGCCCUCGUCACCGGCUCGCGCCAGCGAGAGGCGGACACCACUAGGUGGACGCGCCACGAGAUCCAUGACGUGGUCGCCGAGAGCCGAAGGCUGUCGCUGCAGACGCGCGACCGCACCGAGGAGCGGUCGGCGUCGGCGGGCGCGCCAACGCCCGCGCCCCCCCCCCCCGCGCCCCCCGCGCCCGCCUCGCCCGCGCCCGGCUCGGGCGCGCACGCGGCGCGCUCGGCGUCGGCGCUGCGGCCCGGCGCCGAGCCGUGGUUCGCGCUCGGCGACCGCUGCGGCGCCGACUCGGCCCCGCACACGCCGCUGCCGGCCGAGCCCGACCCCGCCGAGCCCCCGGAGGCGGCCGUCGAGGCGACGCCAGAGAACACGCCCGCCAAGGAGACGCGCGCGCAGUUCCGCUUCCCGGCGGAGUCGGGCGCGGUGCGCGCCAUCGGGCGGCGCUCGCAGCCGCCGUCGCCCAUGCGCAAGGAGACGUCGCCGCCGAGCGACGCGUUCGCCGGGCGGCUGGCGCGCGUGGCGCAGGAGCGGCGCGCGGCCGAGUCGCCGGUGCCGUUCGGCGGGGCGCCGCCGCCGGCGGGCGCGCCCGUGGCGCGGCCCGAGCCCAGCCGCGCCGCGCCCGCGCCCGACCCCGAGCCGCUCAACGUGGAGGACCGCGAGGCGGCGCCGCCCCGCGCCCGCGACCCGCGCCGCCCCCGCCCCCGCGCCCCGCCCCCGCCGCGCCCCCGCGCCGGCGCGCGCCCGCUCGCGCCCCGCCGCGCCGCCUCCUGCUCGGCGCGGCUGCCGCCCGCGCGCACCGCCUCCGCCGCCGUGCAGACGGUCGACACGUGGCCGGCGCCCUACGAGUUCGUCAUAGCGGACUUCUAUCGCAACCUGCCCGACGAGCCCAAGAAGCAGUCGGCGCCGGAGACGGACACCUUAACCCAACCGGUGUCUCCUUGCGAGCGCCUGGACAAGUACCUGAGCGAUCUGUACGCGGGGCGCACCCCGCGCGGCGACAACGAGCUGGCGGAGCAGCUCGCCCUCGCGCACGCGCAGCUGCUGUACGAGCGGUGGCGGCGGGAGGCGCACGCCGAGCGCAACCGCCGCCUGCUGGGCCGCUGCCGGCAGGCGCGCGCGCUCGAGCUGCAGAACGCGGCGCUGCGCGAGCGCCUGCGCGCCGCGCAGCUGGAGCGCGACGAGCGGCGCGCCAGGCUCAGGGAGGCGCCGCCGCCCGCCGCGGCCGGCGCGCAGCCCGAGCGCGAGGCGCAGCUCGAGGCCGCGCUCGAGGCCGAGAGCGGCGCCCGGCUGCGCGCGGAGGCGGCGCUGCACGAGGCGCGGGCGCAGCGCGCGCUCGACGCGGCCGAGCUGCAGCGCACGCGCGGCGAGUCCUUCGAGGCGGCGCGCCACGUGGAGGCGCUCGCGCGGGCCACCGUCGCCACCGAGCGGCGCGCCGACCACGUGCGCCGGCUGCGCCGCGAGCUGCUCGUGCUGGCGGAGCGCGAGGCACGGCUCGGCGAGGCGGCGCGCGCGGCGGCCCAGCAGGCGGGCGGCGCCCUGGCCGAGCGCGCGGCCGCGGAGGAGCGCGCGCUGCGGGCCGCGCUGGGCCGCGCCGAGGCGGAGGCGGAGGCCGCCGCGGGCCGCGCCCGACGCCGCCGCGGCGCGCGCCCACGAGCUGGAGGCGACGCUGGGCGCGCGCGACGCCGCGCUGGCCGAGCUGCGCCGCGCGCUGCGCCACUCGGCGGAGGAGCACGCGGCGCGGCAGCGGGCGCUGCAGGACAAGUACGAGGCGCUGCUGAGCAUCGUUCGCACGGCGGAGUCGCGCAAGCUGGAGCUGCUGGCCGGCUCGCCGGGCGGCGCGGCACAAGAGGGGCCGCGCGCCGAGGGCGGCCCGCGGGCGGGGGGCGCGCUGGCCGCGAGGCCCGCCCUCGCCGACUGCAACCGCGUGCGCCGCCUGCUGGAGCGCGACGACGAGGAGGCCGCGCUCGACCGCAGCUAAUGGGUCGCGGCCGCCCGCAAUCGCCUCGCGCGGCCGCGGAUGUCCUGCGUGAUCUGACGGAGACGGACGCUCGCCUCGCCACGGACGAGGGAAACUCGUUUCCCGAAACCGUCGCUCCGACGGCCGGAGUGAGCCCCGCGAAGAAGCCCGGACCGGUCCCGAGGAGGUCCGAGCUGCAUGAAACUGUCGAGGGGUAUUGUCAGACUAAGAUUCGGCAGUGCAUCGUUUUACUGAGCAGUAGUGAUUUACUGCCAGUUAACAAUCUUCCAACCUCAAGAGUUUGGAAGGUGACCAAGCGCUAUAGAAGCCUGGAGGUUGUGGUGGCGCAUGCGAGAAGACGGCGGAACAAGGCGGUGCGUAGGAGGCGUCCACCGAAGUGGAAGGGGUGG